AUGGAUUUUGAGCUGGGAAGAGACGAGCUGAGUAUCGACGAUGGACAAUACAUGGCGUUCAGUGGAAUCACAUAUGGAUUACAUGUACCGUUAUUUGGAAGAUCAUGGUUCGAAAGGAAGCAAGCAGAACAGAACCGUAAACAGACCAUCCUCAAGGAAGCAUGCGGGGCUAUACGACCUGGAAGACUGACUUUUAUCCUCGGUCCUUCGGGAGCUGGGAAGACAUCUCUAAUCAAAAUACUCGCGGGACGAAAACAAACUGGAGUAUCAGGGACAGUCGUUGGAGGAGGAAGUGGCAUAGUUCUAGUACCACAACAUGCCACGCUCAUUGAUACUCUAACUACAAGAGAGACUCUUCUAUUCGCCGCUGCGCUAAAACUACCGAAUGCAUCGAGAAAUGAACGAAAUUAUAUAAUCGAAAGUGUUUCAAAGCAACUCGGUAUAAAUGAAGUGUUCGGUACGAGAGCUGGGAAACUUUCUGGGGGUGAGAGAAAACGAUUGACAAUCGCCUGUGAACUUAUCACGGAUCCACACAUUAUGUUACUAGACGAACCGACGAGCGGCUUAGACUCUGUAUCGUCUAUGUCUGUAUCACAGGCGUUACGAUCUGUGGCAAACAGUGGCCGGACGGUAGCUUGUGUCAUCCACCAACCUUCCUCCCAACUCUUCACUUCCGCUGAUGAUGUCAUACUUCUAGCAGCAGGGAAGACAAUGUACGCUGGGGCCAUAACUGACUUACCAGAUACUCUUAAGAGAUGUGGAUUUGUGUGCCCCAAUUAUUACAACAUGGCCGAUUUUUUGUUAGAGAUAGCAAGCGGCGAACACAGUGGCAACUUAGUACAGUUGGAGAGAGAAGCGAAACAAUAUGCAUUGGAAAUGAAGAAAAUCGCUGAAAGUAAUGUACAGCAAAAGAAUGGCAAAGACCCAUCACCUGAAGCUGAAGCCCUCUUAAAUCCAAGUUCUUCGUAUGAAACAAAACGUUAUGCAGCUGGGUUUAGUCAACAAAUGAGAGCUUUACUUUGGCGGGGUUAUAUUGGAGCGUUGAGAGACGUCCAUUUGACACAGAUUCGGGUAGUUACACAUUUUUUCGUUGCGCUUCUCUUAGGCGCGCUGUACCAGGGCGCCGGCCAAGAUGGCGGCAGAACGGUUUCAAAUACCGGAUGUUUGUUCUUCUUUCUUCUGUUUUUAUACUUUUCAAACGCCAUGCCAACUAUACACACUUUCCCGGUGGAAGCUACUGUAGUAUUACAGGAACAUCUGAACAAAUGGUAUUACUUAACGACGUAUUGCUUGUCAAAAAUCUUAGUGGAUCUUCCUAUACAGCUCGUAUGUGCAACGGUGUUUGUCUUUCCGGCUUGGUAUCUCACGUCACAACCAAUGGACAUCAAUCGACUGGGUCUUGCGUGGCUAGUUUGCGUACUCAUCACGAUUUUGGCGCAGACUUUCGGUUUAGUCGUUGGUGCUGCUUGUGGUGUAAAGCUGGGUCUCUUUGUGAUACCAGCGGCCAACAUCCCCAUGCUGAUGUUCUCAGAAUUCUUCAUUCCCUACAAAGAGAUGCCCUCCUACUUACAACCCUUCGCCCUAAUUUCAUACUUCCGAUAUUCCUUCGACGCUUUCAUGCAAACUGUGUAUGGUUUUGGACGACCCAAAUUGCCCUGUUACAAAAUCAUUUGCCUCUUCAGAGAUCCAAAGUAUUACUUAGAGUAUUUAGGAUUAUCCGGUAAUUUCACCACAGACUGCGUCGCGUUAGCUAUCUGGAUAUUAUUACUAAAGACCACAUUAUUAUGCGUCUUAAGAUACAGAGUAUACAAAGCGUGUAAAUAA